CUCUCCACUAAAGGAUACUCCAAGCUCUCUAGUAAAAGAAAAACUGAAAUGGGAAAUUCCUCUCAAUGGUCACCUACCAGUCGUCCUAUUGAUAAUAAUCUCAAACUCGUGCAUAAUACUGAGACUAAAGACAACAGCUGCACAGAUGGUACACAGAUUGUCGGAGAGCCAACCUCUCUACAGCUUAACAGAUGGCCUGAGAGAAAUGAGGCAGCUUCCCGUGGAGCAGAAAAUGAGAGGAGGUGUUCAGGAUCACCACAGAGGUUCGGCCUGCUAGAGGUGGAUUACGAGACGGCUCAGCAGAUGCCAAGCAAAAAGUCAGCCAGGAGACCCGAAGCCACCUUGUCUGGGCACUCUACAGGUCCCAGAGAUGUGGAUAACCAGACCGCGAAAGCUCUUGGUAUGGCAUACGGUUUGAGCUCUCCCUCAC